UUUAAAACUCUGUAGACAUUAGUGAAACGCUGUAUUCAUGAACCUGGCAGAGUUUAACCAAUCUGAUCGCUGUGUGCAUUUCUCCUGUCCAGAGAGAUCUGCAUCUCCUGCAGUUUAUUUCUUACUGUACAUCUGUGCAGCUGCUCUGGUUCUGCUAACAGUGUGUGGAAAUCUGCUUGUCAUUGUCUCUGUUUUUCACUUCAAGCAACUUCACACACCAACAAACACACUCGUGCUCUCUCUGGCUUUGUCGGAUUUUCUAGUUGGCGCUUUACUGAUGCCGUCAAUGUUAAGCUGGAUGAUCGAAUCAUGCUGGAUUUUUGGGAGAGGUUUCUGCAUCUGUUUUUUGUUGAUUGGUAGUUUCCUCACAAUCUUGUCCAUCUAUAAUAUUGCUCUGAUCGCUGUGGAUCGGUAUUUGGCUCUCUCAAACCCUUUUCUCUACAUAAACACAAUCUCUAGGAGGACUAUGUGCAUUGUGGUUUAUUCUAACUGGUGUGUAUGUCUAGUGUAUAAUGCAACACUCUGCUAUUUCAAUGGAAGCUUCAUGAAUUUUGUAAUGUGUCCUGGAGAGUGUUUUCUCUUUCUGAAUCAGGUUUGGAUUAUAAUUGAUCUUGUAGUGUCGUUUAUAUUUCCACUUUCUGUCAUAAUCAUAUUUUAUACUCUGGUUUUUGUGAUUGCUAAGAAACAUGCCACUGCUAUCAGAGAGCUUAAUAAUCACACUCGGACUAAAACACAAAAAAUCACGUCAGUCUCUAUGAAAUCUGAGACAAAAGCAGCUAAAAUUCUCGGAAUUUUAGUAUCUGUGUUUCUGAUGUGUUUACUUCCGUAUUUUAUUUGCAGUUUAUUGGGCAAUGCUUUUGAAAUGCAGGCAGACACAGUUAAGAAAGUUUUGCUCAUACUUUGUCUUAAUUCCACCAUUAAUCCAGUUAUUUAUGCUCUGUGUUACGCAUGGUUUAGGAGGAGCAUUAAAUUAAUUAUAACUCUGCAAAUAUUCCAAACAGACUCUGCAUUAAUAAAUGUUCUUUCAUGA